AUGUUUAGAAGAGUGUUUGGAAAUUCUAUGAGACAUAACCCAACUCGUUUACGAUACUUGAGAGAGUAUGUAUGUUUAAGAGAGGCUGCAAAUCCAUCUGCUUAAUAAGCUCAAAUUGCCCAAUUCUAGUAAGUGGCAAAUAAAUAUGGAUUGACAACAUCUCAAUUGACAUCACUCUCUGGUAUUUACCAACUGAGGCAAUUGCUUCGACCUUAAAAUUUCCCAAACCCCAAUGAUUAUAAGGUUCACGUUGAGAAAUUGGAGUUACUAUUCCGAUAGAAACAAUAGAGCAGCGAAAACCUAGAGCAAUUUGCCUAAAGUCUACAGCACAGAAUCCCAGAAAUCAGCAAACUUACAAACGAAGCUAGAAAAUAAGCAGCUCAAGAUUUGUUUAGCAUUUAUUUGGAAGGAAUUCAUUAUGAUAAUUUAGUCUCACCAGGCUAUGUCGAACAAUUAGAAUCAACAUUCAGAUAACGAACUACUGGAGUUAUAAAUCAAAUAAAAGCAGAGGUGAAAGAUCCACAAUUGGCAGCUGAAUUAGCAUAAUCACUUGAAUCGAUCUUCCAAAACUAUUAAUUCAAUAAAGGAAGAUAUGUGGGUUUGAUCAAAUCGUUCAUUGAAGCAAAUCAAGUAACCGAGGUUCAAGUUAGUCAAAAGGUGGAUCAAAAAACAUAAGAGAAAUAACUCUUUAUUCAAACUGUUGACAGAGCAACGAAGAAAUUCUCAGCGGAAGAUCAAGAAUAUGCUAGAAAUGUCGAUGGACACGAUUUCAAAUUGUUCUUAUAGGAAUUAUACGAGAAGGAAUACUAAUCAGGAUUUGCUUAGAACAGAUUCAAUGAGAAAGGAUAGAAAUUAGUCUACGAAUCAUAAGCACAAGAACAUCAUGUUUUGAGAUAUCAAAUAUUGGCAGGAGUCUUUGCAGGUUAUUUCCUUUAUCUAUUUUACAGAGGUGAUGCAUACUACUCCACAAUAUUGACAGUGCCUGCUGUUGCUGCAGCCUUCUUCUAUUUGGCAAAAUAAGGACAAGCAAAACGAGCAAUUCCUUUCAUCAGACAAGUUCUCAAAAAUACUGACAAUACUUAUGAAGUGGUCUUUGAAUAGAAUCGUAUUAUUAGUAGAAUUGAGAAUGUCCAAGCUGCACAAAUUAAAUUGGCUCAAGACAGUGCACUUUCAAAUACUUUAGUAUUGGGAAAUCCCACAGACUUCGGAUAUCACGUAAGAGUAGCCGAUAAUUCAUUUAUUGUCCCGUACUUGUAUAGUGGUAAUGGCCUAGACUUCAGAACAUUCAUUAAUAUUUGAUUCAAUAUAAUAAUAAAAAUAAAACAA